AUGGCUGCUGUCGUUUGUUUACCUGUCGUGAGACUCCACAGACUAACGAAGGAUCAACUGUCUCUCGCUGCUCAGAAGAACAACAACAAACCAGGCAGAAAACCAACCAAGAAAAACUCCACCACCACCACCAGAGGAAAUAAAACAUCCACAGGAAAAGGAAACGACUUUGCUGACACCAAAAGUGUUUCUAGCCAGGUAUCACUGGCCCCUAAGUGGUGGGGUCGCCCCAAGGGAAGCAAAAACAAACCCAAAAUAACUCUCAAACUCUCCAGCGCCAUCAUGAGGCCUGACGCGGUAAAACAAGAGGUAGGUUUAAACUUGUGGCUUUUAAAUGAAAAUUGAAUUGAGAUCUUGUAUAGCAUUUGUAUCAGGCGGUGUAAAUGUUUACUAGAUAUCUGUCUGUGUGAAUGUUGCUGCUAUAUGUUUACUAGAUAUCUUGACGUAUCUUACAACCACCACUGAAGUCUCCUCUGGGAAAAUAAAGCUCUUCUAUUCUAAACCAGGUGAAACAAGAGAUGGACGAUCUGCCUAUCGGUACGAGAAGUGAUGAACACUGGUUGAGCGCUGUGAAGCCAGAGAGCUACGACCCAGAGAUGGGUAACACCGGGGAACCUACAGAGAGCAACCCCAGGACAGAUGCACUUCACCUGGGUAUCAAGACGGAGGAUGCCCCCCUGUACCACCAGGAUGGAGGGAGGCGGCUGCGGUCGGCUGCGGGUCAGCUGUUCAAUCCGGCUGCGUUGCGGUCUGACCCAGAAUGGCGGCCUCGCAACCAGAAGGUCCGCCGGUUCCCGUGCCCGGACUGCGGCCAGAAGUUCUUCUCCAAAACCACGCUGGAGUUACACUCCCGGAUCCACACCCAGUACCAGCCGUACUCCUGUGAGGUGUGCCAUAAGACGUUCUCCCGGAAAGGCGGUCUGGUCGAGCACCGGCCUAUCCACGAGGCGGAACGCCCCUUCGCCUGCCACCAAUGCGGCAGAACCUUUACUUUCAAAUCCAACCUGACCCGCCACAUGCGGUUCCACAGCGACGCGCGGCCCUACGUCUGCUCCCAGUGUGGCCAAGGCUUCAAGAUCUCCGCCCAACUCAAGAGCCACAUGAUGUCCCACAGCGGGUAUAAACCGUACGUGUGCCCGGAGUGCGGCCAGAGUUUCGUCCGUUACAUGAGUCUGAAGUAUCACCGACUGAGCCACACCGGCGAGCGCCCGCUGUCCUGCCCAGAGUGUCCCAUGACCUUUGCCCGGCCGCACACCCUUAUGAUCCACCGGCGACAACACACCGGGGAGACACCGUUCUCUUGCCAGGACUGUGGGAAGCAAUUCAAACAGGGGUGCCAGCUGAAAGACCACGUUAGAAGGAAACACACAGGGGAGAAACCAUACAAAUGCUCCGAGUGUGACAAGUGCUUCAUCACUUCGACGUCCCGUAAAGUGCACAUGGUUGUCCACACAGGGGAGAAGCCGUACAAAUGCAUGGAGUGCUGUAGGAGCUACAGUCAGAGUUGGGGCCUGAAGAGGCACAGGUGUGAGCAGCAAACCAGGUGAGAGGAACCUCGGGUGUACAGUGAGGGAAAAAAGUAUUUGAUCCCCUGCUGAUUUUGUACGUUUGCCCACUGACAAAGACAUGAUCAGUCUAUAAUUUUAAUGGUAGGUUUAUUUGAACAGUGAGAGACAGAAUAACAACAAAAAAAUCCAGAAAAAUGCAUGUCAAAAAUGUUAUAAAUUGAUUUGCAUUUUAAUGAGGGAAAUAAGUAUUUGACCAUUCUGGAAAACAUUACUUAGUACUUGGUGGCAAAACCCUUCAAUCACAGAGGUCAGACGUUUCUUGUAGUUGGCCACCAGGUUUGCACACAUCUCAGGAGGGAUUUUGUCCCACUCCUCUUUGCAGAUCUUCUCCAAGUCAUUAAGGUUUCGAGGCUGACGUUUGGCAACUCGAACCUUCAGCUCCCUCCACAGAUUUUCUAUGGGAUUAAGGUCUGGAGACUGGCUAGGCCACUCCAGGACCUUAAUGUGCCUCUUCUUGAGCCACUCCUUUGUUGCCUUGGCCGUGUGUUUUGGGUCAUUGUCAUGCUGGAAUACCCAUCCACAACCCAUUUUCAAUGCCCUGGCUGAAGGAAGGAGGUUCUCACCCAAGAUUUGACGGUACAUGGCCCCGUCCAUCGUCCCUUUGAUGCGGUGAAGUUGUCCUGUCCCCUUAGCAGAAAAACACCCCCAAAGCAUAAUGUUUCCACCUCCAUGUUUGACGGUGGGGAUGGUGUUCUUGGGGUCAUAGGCAGCAUUCCUCCUCCUCCAAACACGGCGAGUUGAGUUGAUGCCAAAGAGCUCGAUUUUGGUCUCAUCUGACCACAACACUUUCACCCAGUUCUCCUCUGAAUCAUUCAGAUGUUCAUUGGCAAACUUCAGAUGGGCCUGUAUAUGUGCUUUCUUGAGCAGGGGGACCUUGCGGGCGCUGCAGGAUUUCAGUCCUUCACGGCGUAGUGUGUUACCAAUUGUUUUCUUGGUGACUAUGGUCCCAGCUGCCUUGAGAUAAUUUACAAGAUCCUCCCGUGUAGUUCUGGGCUGAUUCCUCACCGUUCUCAUGAUCAUUGCAACUCCACGAGGUGAGAUCUUGCAUGGAGCCCCAGGCCGAGGGAGAUUGACAGUUAUUUUGUGUUUCUUCCAUUUGCGAAUAAUCGCACCAACUGUUGUCACCUUCUCACCAAGCUGCUUGGCGAUGGUCUUGUAGCCCAUUCCAGCCUUGUGUAGGUCUACAAUCUUGUCCCUGACAUCCUUGGAGAGCUCUUUGGUCUUGGCCAUGGUGGAGAGUUUGGAAUCUGAUUGAUUGAUUGCUUCUGUGGACAGGUGUCUUUUAUACAGGUAACAAGCUGAGAUUAGGAGCACUCCCUUUAAGAGUGUGCUCCUAAUCUCAGCUCGUUACCUGUAUAAAAGACACCUGGGGGUCAAAUACUUAUUGAGAGGGGGUCAAAUACUUAUUUCCCUCAUUAAAAUGCAAAUCAAUUUAUAACAUUUUUGACAUGCGUUUUUCUGGAUUUUUUUGUUGUUAUUCUGUCUCUCACUGUUCAAAUAAACCUACCAUUAAAAUUCUAGACUGAUCAUUUCUUUGUCAGUGGGCAAACGUACAAAAUCAGCAGGGGAUCAAAUACUUUUUUCCCUCACUGUACGUCCCAAAUGGCACCUAUAUUCUCUAUAUAGUGUACUAGGGACCAUAGGGCUCUGGUCAAAAGUAGUGCACUAUGUAGGGAAUGGGGUGCCAUUUGGGACACAAUCCCGGUGUUCUGAGUGUAGGAACUGGAGAGUGGAUCCUUAAAGUAUAAGCAGCCACAUAGGUGAGAGGAUUCUCAGGUGUUUUGACUAGGGGAACUGUACUUUGUUUAUACAGGAUUUAAAGGGGCAAUCUUGGAUUGGUAAAUACUUUUUUUAAAACUUUGAUUCUUGAGGAAUAUAACUUAUAAAUGCCUCUUGAACUUAAAUUAAAUUGUCUUACCCCAUCAGAACUCAAAAUAUAUGAUCGCCUCACCAGGGAAAACUCUAGGCUCUGCUAUUGACUGUACUAUCAGUUUUUUUUGAACCCUCAAUAAAAUCAUCCGUUUUCACUGUGAUGCAGUCCCACUCUCACCUGAUGUGUGAUGUGAAUGUUCAGGGACGGUUUCCCAGAUACAGGUUAAGCCAAGUCCUGGAAUUAAAAGCAAGCAAAUCUCCAGUGAAAUAGGUUUUUAUCCUAGCACUAGGCUUAAUCUGUGUCUGGGAAACCGGUCCUCGAUGUUGUAAAACAAACCAAAGUUUUUGUGUUAAAACUUUGUAUAGAAGAAAAAAAUGCAUCUACUAUUAAUGCAAUGGUUAGUUGAGACUGAAAGCCUUUGUUUGAGAGGAUUAUUAGGAUGUAUAAAGUCAUGAUAAUGGGUGGAACGGAGCGAAUGGAAUGGCUUCAAACACAUGGAAACCAUGGAAACCAAAUGUUUGAUGUAUUUGAUACCAUUCCACCGAUUCCGCUCCAGUUAUUCACCACAAGCCCAUCCUCCCCAACUAAGAUGCCACCAACCUCCUGUGAUGCCAUGUCUAUGUCAUUUUUUGCCCAACUGAUGAAUAGAACUGAUCAAUAAACUGACUUGUUUCACUGAGUGUGUGUGUGUGUGUGUGUGUGUGUGUGUGUGUGUGUGAGAGAGAGAUAAGGGUUAGUCAUAAAGAGAAGACAGUAAAAGAAGAAGAUUACAGUUUAAUUGAAGAAUCACACUUCUUAGAGGUGAGAUCCCUUUUGGCUACUAAACCAGAGCAACGCCUUAUGUAUACAGCAGGCUAGUGUGAUUAACAAGGUUGGCUGUAGAAAUGAUCUAUGUGACGUUUUGUUUUGACCUUUGACCUUGUAGGCUAACGGGGCAAUUGAAUGGGCACUACGAAACACGCCAGCACUGCAUGAACCUUUAACCCGAGAGUUGACUAAAAGUAGAUUUAUGAAUCUGCUAUAUUCUGAGCUAACUAAAUAGACUACCAAUGUAUGUAUCAUUUUGUACUUGUACUGCUUUUUUAAGGAGGUGUGUUAACGACUUAACUUUAAAAAAUCAUCUGAAAUAUGACAUAGGAAUCCAUUUUAAGUUGCUGUAAUAUUGAUUGCUGUAAAUUACAUUGGGACAAGAUGUCACAUAACAUCUUAAUCUGUUCAGUCAUUUGGUGAUGUGAUUUUCUUGAAGCAACCUUUUAUUUAUUUUUGAUCAGCUGUCCCAGUAGACAACGUAUCAAUAUAUACUACACCUGUUUCAUUGGUAAUGGCAUUACAAGGCACUUACUGUAACCCCAACUGCUCCAGGGACACCGUUAAUAAUGACUGACCUUGGCUUUGACCCCGAGUCGCCGGGCUGUCUCAGUGGGAUUUGCAAGCAUUUCCAAUUCACACAAGUACACACUUACACACUUAAAUAUUAGCACCUACAGUGCAUUCGGAAAGUAUUCAGACUCCUUCACUUUUUCCACAUUUUGUUACGUUACAGCCUUAUUCUAAAAUGAAUGGUUUUUUUCCCCCUCAUCAAUCUACACACUACCCCAUAAUGACAAAGCAAAAACAGGUUUUUAAAAUACCACAUUAUGAGUAUUCAGACCCUUUACUCAGUACUUAGUUGAAGAACCUUUGGCAGCGAUUACAGCCUCGAGUUUUCUUGGGUAUGACACUACAAGCUUGGCACCUGUAUUUGGGGAGUUUCUCCCAUUCGUCUCUGCAGAUCCUCUUAAGCUCUGUCAGGUUGGAUGGGGAGCGUCGCUGCACAGCUAUUUUCAGGUCUCUCCAGAGAGGUUAGAUCGGGUUCAAGUCCGGGCUCUGGCUGGGCCACUCAAGGACAUUCAGAGACUUGUCCCGAAGCCACUCCUGCGUUGACUUGGCUGUGUGCUUAGGGUUGUCCUGUUGGAAGGUGAACCUUCGCCCCAGUCUGAGGUCUUGAGCGCUCUGGAGCAGGUUUUCAUCAAGGAUCUCUCUGUACUUGAUGGGAAUUUUUCAGUAGACUAUAAUUAAAUCUCUUCAGACUCAGUAGACUAUAAGAUAAACAUAGUUAAUCACAACAUGACGAACACGGAGCCAGGGUUAAACAUGGGUACAUCUCUGUCACAGAAAGCGGCACAGGUCCUAAUUACAUUUUACAUUUUUAGUCAUUUAGCAGACGCUCUUAUCCAGAGCGACUUACAGGAGCAAUUAGGGUUAAGUGCCUUGCUCAAGGGCACAUCGACAGAUUUUUCACCUAGUCGGCUUGGGGAUUAGAACCAGCGACCUUUCGGUUACUGGCACAACGCUCUUACCCACUAAGCUACCUGCCGCCCUAAUCCAGGCACUUGUCAUCUCCCUUCUGGAUUACUGCAACUCGCUGUUGGCUGGGCUCCCUGCCUGUGCCAUUAAACCCCUACAACUUAUCCAGAACGCUGCAGCCCGUCUGGUGAUCAACCUUCCCAAGUUCUCUCAUGUCACCCCGCUCCUCCGCACACUCCACUGGCUUCCAGUUGAGGCUUGCAUCUACUACAAGACCAUGGUGCUUGCCUACAGAGCUGUGAGGGGAACGGCACCUCCUUACCUUCAGGCUCUGAUCAGACCCUACACCCAAACGAGGGCACUACAUUCAUCCACCUCUUGCCUGCUAGCUCCCCUACCUCUACAGAAGCACAGUUCCCGCUCAGCCCAGUCAAGCUAUUCGCUGCUCUGGCACCCCAAUGGUGGAACAAGCUCCCCCACGAUGCCAGGACAGCGGAGUCACUGACCACCUGGCACCCCAAUGGUGGAACAAGCUCCCCCACGAUGCCAGGACAGCGGAGUCACUGACCACCUGGCACCCCAAUGGUGGAACAAGCUCCCCCACGAUACCAGGACAGCGGAGUCACUGACCACCUUCCGGAGACAUUGAACCCUACCUCUUUAAGGAAUACCUGGAAAUAGUUUAAAAGUAAUGCUGUUCCCCAUAAAAAAUAAAAAUUGUUAAAAAGGUGGUGUCCCACUGCCUCAGUAAGUUGAAUGCACCAGUUGUAAGUCGCUCUGGAUAAGAGCGUCUCUAAAUGAUGUAAAUGCUAGGCAAUAACUUAAUUGGUUCCUCUCACUGGUGUAGUCAUUGCCCUGCCUGGUAUAUGUGUGUGUGUGAAAUAGGACUGUUUAUUAUUGAUCACAGCAUGAGGGGCGUUUGGACUGGGUGGUACAGAGGGAGGAGGCUGGUAUAUGUUUGAGAAAUGUAUUAUGGACCUGACAUGUUUAAGUAUCGAUUGAUAGGUUUGGGAAUCAAUUAGGGGGUCAGAACGGAGCCAGGAAAGGGCUCUCUUAUUUUUACAUAACAGGGCUUGGUCCCACCACUAUUGUUUCCAGACACGGAACUAGAAGGGAGGGAAAUCAGAUACCGCCAUUAAGGAAGUGGGCGGAGAGGUCAAGAGGUGAAAACUGGAGACAGUGGUGGAGGAACCAAAGAGGGAGGGAUUAAGCUAAAAUGUAUGUAAAAUGACUAUAUAAACUGAGAGGUGGCAAGUUAGAUGCUCUGUAGACCACCUCUGCUAUAUUGAUUGUAAUAAAGUCUAUCUUAAUUCUACAAAAACUCUGAAAGUACUUUGUGUUUGACUGAGGACAAAGACAAUUUUCUACAACAUACUUUGCUCCAUUCAUCUUUCCCUUGAUCCUGACUAGUCUCCCAGUCCCUGCCGCUAAAAAAAAUAUCCCCACAUGAUGCUGCCACCACCAUGCUUCACCGUAGUGAUGGUAUUGGCCAGGUGAUGAGAAGUGCCUGGUUUCCUCCAGACGUGACGCUUGGCAUUCAGGCCAAAGAGUUCAAUCUUGGUUUCAUCAGACCAGAGAAUCUUGUUUCUCAUGGUCUGAGAGUCCUUUAGGAGUGGCUUCCGUCUAGCCACUCUACCAUAAAGGCCUGAUUGGUGGAGUGCUGCAGAGAUGGUUGUCCUUCUGGAAGGUUCUCCCAUCUCCACAGAGAAACUCUGGAGCUCUGUCAGAGUGACCAUCGGGUUCUUGGUCACCUCCCUGACCAAGGCCCUUCUCCCCCGAUUGCUCAGUUUGGCUGGGCGGCCAGUUCUAGCAAGAGUCUUGGUGGUUCCAAACUUCUUCCAUUUAAGAUUGAUGGAGGCCACUGUGUUCUUGGGGACCUUCAAUGCUGCAGAAUUUUUUUGGUACCCUUCUCCAGAUCUGUGCCUCGACACAAUCCUGUCUCGGAGCUCUAUGGACAAUUCAUUCGACCUCAUGGCUUUGUGUUUGCUCUGACAUGCACUGUCAACUUGGGACCUUAUCUAGAAAGGCAUGUGCCUUUCCAAAUCAUGUCCAAUCAAUUGAAUUUACCACAGGUGGACUCCAAGUUGAAGAAACAUCUCAAGGUUUAUCAAUGGAAACAGGAUGCACCUGAGCUUAAUUUCGAGUCUCAUAGCAAAGGGUCUGAAUACUUAUGUAAAUAAGGUAUUUGUUUUUUUAUAUGUAAUACAUUUGCUAAAAUUUCUAAAAAACCUGCUUUCACUUUGUCAUUAUGGGGUAUUGUGUGUAGAUUGAUAAAAAAUAUAUAUUUAAUCAAUUUUCGAAUAAGGCUGUAACUUAACAAAAUGUGAAAAAAGUGAAGGGGUCUGAAUACUUUCCGAAUGCAUUGUACGUACCAUACUGUCGAGGUAGUUGUUAUUAAAUAUUCACUGAAGUCAUGGGGGAAGGAUUGUCCGUGGGGAUGACCGGGAAGAUAAAAAAUAUAAAAAUAAAGGUGAGAACUGUUUGAUAAUGAACAAAAAAUAAAGUCAUACUGUAAUGCCUGGGCUGUCAGGUUCGGAUUAUUCAUGGUUGGUUACUAGAAUUUUGUCAAAUAUUCCGACAUUUUUAAAUAAAUGCUUUAAAUCAAUAUAUAUAGCAGUGUUAGAAUGUAUUUGUAAUGUUUUGAUUUCACAUCUGUUCCACACACUAAACAAUAAAACCAGUCCUAAUACAGCAGACCACCACAGCUGUGACAGCAUGGCUGAGGUAAUCAGGAGAACGGACUGUGACUCAGGUAAGAGGUCCCUCAGAACCAGCUUUUCUUUUACUGGUUUCAGGUUGUUCAUGAAUGUAGUAAUUUGUAGGACUGAUUUUAACCCACUGGGCACAGACCUCAGUUAAACGUCUAGUUUUGAUUUACAUUUGGUUGAGUUGUCAACUAAUGUGAAUUUAAUGUGAAAUCAACCAAAUUAAUUUAGGGUAAAAGUUGGGUGAAAAAAAUACUAUUCACUUAAGUUGAUGACUUUUGGCAAAUCCAUCAGUUUUCCACGUUGAUUCAACAUCCUCACAUUGAAUAUUUUGGUUGAAAUAAUGUAGAAACAACAUUUUUUUGCCCAGUGGGAGAGUAAGACGUGAGCUUAGAAUAGUUGUGGUGGGUGAACUGCCUGUAGCAGGAAAGAGUGCAACCAGAAAUGUCUUCACAACUGAUGCUUCCCCUGUGCCUGUGACCACACAGUGUCAGGCAGAAUAUAGAGUUCUGGAUGGGACCAACAACACUGUCAUAGACACCACAGGAGUCAUCAGUGAAAUGCCUGGAUCUCUCUCAUCCUCAUGUUCUACUACUGGUGAUCAGGCUGGGGAGGUUCACUGAAGAGGAGAGGGACGCUGUGAAGUGGAUCCAGAAGAGCUUUGGAUCGUGGGGCCCAAAGUUCACCAGAGUGCUUGCUGUUCACACAGACCAGUUGAAGGGUAAACCUAUAAUGGCCUUUCUGCAGAGCAGUCCAGACCUUCAGGCACUCAUUGCUAACUAGUAGUGGAUCCAAUGUCUUCAACAUUGAAGACAAAGGCAACAUUGGACAAGUUAAACGACUGCUGGAAAAUAUUGAUACAGUUUCAUAUCAGAACUGGGGAUACUACUACAUGGAAGAGGCAGAAAUAAAGAUCAGAGCUGAAGACUAAUGGAAGAGAGAAGAGGCUGAGAGACAACAGAGGUGAAGAGCAAAGAAAGACAGUAUUUUACAACAUACAUUUUCUGCCUUACAGGAGGCAAAACGUUUUCUGACUUGUAAAAUGUCUAGCACGACUAGCCACAUUUCUUUUUGUCUCUUCAAACAGUAGCUAAGUGUGUUACUAUGUGGCUAUGUUUAUGGUUUUAGGUACAGACAAUUCAUUCACAGAUAGUUCAUGCAGAGAUGAAAAGAUCUAUAAGAGUCUUUAUCUCUUAUAGAACAUUUUAUUGUAUGGAAAUUGAACGAAAUGUCUGAUUCAUCCGAUCCGCUAGGUGGCAGCAUUGUGAAUGUGGAGGUCUAGAACAAAAUCAGCAGAAACAAUCACUACUUCACUUGCGCUGUGGCUAGAUGUGGUAUUAUUCAUCUUGGAAUGCAACAGUGUUUAUUGCAAACAGGGAUUGCAAUUAUUUCUCUGAAAUUAAAUGUACUGGCUUCUCAGUAAACCGACUCGUACCACCCAUGACCGCUGCAGAUUGUUGCUUCCGUCUCUGCAGGUAGGCUAUUAGAUGUCUCUUGCAGUAGUAGCUAGCUAGCUGAUGGUUAGCUCUGGACCAGUGCGCGUUACUCUACUUACUCAGGGGUUAAGUCGUUGUCUUCGCGCGAUUGGACCAGAGCUAGCUACUGAAUAACUACAGUAGCUAUCGCUUUCCACAAUGCAAGCUAUCAAAUAAACCUCACUGCAAAUAUCCAACGGUGGUGUUGAAUUUCUCCAUGAUGGUCUAUUUAUCCUAGAAUUAUCUUAUGGAUUUUUAGGUUAGGGAUGUUAAAAGAAAAAAAAAACAGAGGGCCUUUGACACCAAUAAUUUUUUAUUUAAAGCUGCAAUAUGUAACUUUUGGCUACCCGACCAAAUUCACAUAGAAAUGUGUGUUAGAGAUCUAUCAUUCUCAUUGAAAGCAUGUCUAAGGGGCGGUAGAUCUGUUCUAUGUGCGCUGUUUCUAUGCUUCCCGUUCUUAAGUUUCGAUUUUUUCAUAUUUUACUUUCGGUUUUGUACACCAGCUUCUAACAGCUGAAAAUACAAUAUUGGUUAUGGAAAAUAUAUUGUACAGCGGUUUAGAUGGUACAAUUAUUCUCUACACUAUACUUGCUUGUUUUGUCACAUAAACUGAAAUUAGGCGAACUAUUCGAAUUUUAUGAACCAGGAAAUGGCGGAACGAUUUAAUAUAUUAAUAUAUCUACUUUGGAGAGAUGAUACUAUUGGAUUCCCUAAUUCUUCUUUGGCCAAUUUGAUUGAGUAUAAUUUAUAUUCUUCUUUAUUCUUACUCUGUAUUCUUAAAUUUCUCUCAAUUCUUCUAUAUUCUUGUUUACUUUCUCUCCAUUGUUUCUUCCAGAUGAUGACCAGCCCAGUUUCCCUGCCCAGAUUGAUACUAGGGGUAUUGUUCCCCUGCUCAGACGUUCCAUGCAUCGACCAAUGGUUGCGUGCCACGCCAUCGACUGUGUCAUCGACUGACAGAUAGCUAAAACAUGAUUUGGUUAGUUGAUACAAUGCCUGGAUAGGUUUUUUUAAGUAAGAUGUCAGGCGUCAGCAACUUUUGAGCAGAGAAACGCGCCUUACAUCACCUCAAAAUGGAGGGAGUCUCACUGCAUAGCGUUAACCUGAAUCAACUCAAAAUGGCAGCUGACGUUUCUUUACCCAUCUUAAGACUCCACAGACUGACGAAGGAUCAACAGUCUCUCGGAGCUCAGAAGAACAACAACAAACCAGGCAGAAAACCAACGAGGAAAAACUCCACAGGAAAAGGAAAUGACUCUGCUGACACCAAAAGUGUUUCUAGCCAGGUAUCACCGGCCCCUAAGCGGUGGGGUCGCCCCAAGGGAAGCAAAAACAAACCCAAGAUAAAUCUACAACUCUCCAGCGCCAUCCUGAGGCCUGACGCGGUAAAACAAGAGGUAGGUUUAACCUCUUGGAAUUAACAUUUAAUUGAGAUCUUGUAUAGCAUUUGUAACUCUUUGUGAAUGUUGCAGCUAUAUGUUUACUAGAUAUCUGUCUGUGUGAAUGUUGCAGCUAUAUGUUUACUAGAUAUAUUGACGUAUCUUACAACCACCACUGAAGUUUCCUCAGAGGAAAAUAAAGGUAUUCUAAUUUAAACCAGGUGAAACAAGAGAUGGACGAGCUGCCUAUCGGGACAAGAAUUGAACACUGUUUGAACGCUGUGAAGCCAGAGAGCUACGACCCAGAGAUGGGUAACACCGGGGGACCUCCUACAGAGAGCGACCCCAAGACAGAUGCACGUCACCUGGGUAUCAAGACAGAGGAUGCCCCCCUGUACUUCCAAGAUGGAAGGAGACGUCUGCGGUCGGCUACCGGCCAGCCGUUAAAUCUGACUGCAAUCCGGUCCGACCCAGAAUGGCGGCCUCGCAACCAGAAGGUCCGCCGGUUUCCGUGCCUGGACUGUGGACGGAAGUUCUUCUCCAAAACCACGCUGAAGUUCCACUCCCGGAUCCACACCCAGUACCAGCCGUAUUCCUGCGAUGUGUGCCAUAAGACGUUCUCCCGGAAAGCCGGCUUGGACGAGCACCGGCCAAUCCACGAUGCGGAACGCCCCUUCGCCUGCCACCAAUGCGGCAGAACCUUCACAUUCAAAUCUAACCUGACCCGGCACAUGCGGUUCCACAGUGAUGCUCAGCCCUACGUCUGCUCCCAGUGUGGGCCAAGGUUUCAAGAUCUCCGCCCACCUGAAGCGCCACAUGACGGCCCACAGCGGGUGUAAACUGUUCGUGUGCCCGGAGUGCGGCCAGAGUUUUGUCCGUUACAUGAGUCUGAAGUAUCACCGACUGAGCCACACCGGCGAGCGCCCGCUGUCCUGCCCA